AUACGAGUCAAUCAAUUUCUAUUCUCUAUUUCACAAUUUCUAUUCAACAACAAAUGUAUAAUCUUCAAAUCUUUUCUGGAAACGAAAACUGAAAAUUCGCGUUACGAUGGACAAAUUUUUGAAACCAGACAAGUUUGAUGGUGAUCCGAAUUCUCCAACAGCUCUACAAGAAUGGAACUUCUGGCUAAAGACUUUUGAGAAUUUCAUCGCAUCUUUUGACGAAGAAGACAUCGAUGAUGAAAGUAAGUUGCGGUUGCUUACCAACUUUCUAUCUCAUUCUGUUUAUCAAACAAUUGCCGACAAAAAUUCAUAUACUUCGGCUAUUGACGCACUAAAAUCUGCAUAUGUAAAACCAAUAAAUGAAAUAUUCGCUAGACAUAAAUUGGCAACUAGAAAACAGUCUUCAGAUGAGACAAUUGACCAAUAUAACCAAGCUUUACAACAACUGAGUAAGAAUUGUGGGUUUGCAGAUGUUGAUUCUGAAACUCAUAGGAAAACAUACAUUCGUGAUUCAUUUAUCCGGGGCCUCAGCUCUCAUCAGAUAAGACUGAGACUUUUGGAGUUUGACAAGCUAACUCUUGAUGAAGCUAUUGAAAAAGCACGUGCCUUGGAAUCUGCCAGAAAUCAAUCAGCUUCUUACUCUUCUGAAAUAACUCUUAAUGCCACUUCAAAUAAUUCUUCAGAAAAUUCAUGUAAAGAAACAAAUUUGUCAGCUGUAAAAACUGGAAGCUCAAGUUUUCAAAAAUGUUAUUUUUGUGGUCGUCAGCGACAUAAAACACGUCAGCAGUGCCCUGCACUAAAUGACUCAUGCGAAAAAUGCCAGAAAAUAGGUCAUUGGAAAAAUGUCUGCAAAUCUACUAAAACUUCUUCAUCUUCGGCGCUUAUUGCAGCCUCUACUGUUCUUGAAAAUGCUACAGUACAAGCUCAGGUAAACAACAUUCCUACUUCUGCUUUGAUAGAUACAGGAAGCUCUGAGACAUUUAUUUCACACUGUUUUGCUAAAAAAUGUGGACUUGAAAUGUACCCUACAACUGGUGCAGUGUCCAUGGCUUCAACAUCACUAAGAAAGAACAUUUCCUUUUAUUGUGUAGCUCAUUUAGAAUUUUCAGGUCAACAUUACCCCAAAACAAAAUUCAGUGUAUUGCCUGAUUUGUGUGCUAAUGUUAUUGUAGGACAUGACUUACUUAAUCAACACUCUGAACUUAGAGUUUCAUUUGGAGGAACUAAACCCCCAUUGACUAUCAAUUAUCUGGCUCCAGCAAAGAUAGAACCUCCACCACUUUUUGAGUUUUUAACUAAAGACAUUAAACCUAUAAUUACUAAAUCCCGAAAGCAUUCUCUUGAAGACACUAGUUUCAUGGAGAAAGAAAUUGAGAAACUGCUAGCUGAUGGAAUUAUUGAAGAAAGCAGGUCUCCCUGGAGAGCUCAAGCAUUUGUAGUGAAGAACGAAAAUCACAAAAAGCGAAUGGUAAUAGACUAUUCUCAAACUAUUAACCGAUACACACAUCUUGACGCAUAUCCCCUCCCUAGUCUUGAAGAUAUUGUUUCUAAGGUCUCAAAAAACUCUGUAUUCACCACUAUUGACUUGAAAAGCGCUUACCACCAGGUACCCCUACGAGAAAAAGAUCGACCUUUCACUGCAUUUGAGGCAUGUGGCCGUUUGUAUCAAUUUCGAAGGCUUGCUUUUGGUCUGACAGAUGGUGUACCCACUUUGUCGUCAUUGAUAUGUUUUUAA